GUAGUGAUCCCUGAGAACAGAGAGAGUGUGUCUGAAUCCUUGAGGAGGACUACAAAGCUAAACCUCAAAACACUGUGAAAAACAUCUUCACUCUCAUUGCUUUCAAUCCAUCUGGUUUCAUCAUGGCUGGUCCCCCACCAGUUGAACAGACAUUACGUCACAGUGCCCUUGUCCUCCUCCUGCUGAGUGUGAGUGGUAGCCUGGGCCAGAAGGACUGUACAGGUGUAGACUGCCCUGAUCUGAGUAACUGUAUUGAGGAGCGGCUGGAAGCUGGGGCUUGCUGUACUACCUGCGUUCAGAUUGGGUGUACCUGUGAGGGCUACCAGUACUACGACUGUGUCCAUGCUGGCUUUAAGAAUGGUCAUGUUCCCGAGGGGCAGUCCUACUUCGUGGACUUCGGGAGUACGGAGUGUUCGUGCCCGGAAGGUGGCGGACGGAUUGGCUGUCACUUCAUGCCCUGUCCUGACGUCCCUGCUAACUGCAUCGAGGUGUCUGAGCCGGCUGACGGCUGUGUCACCUGCGACCGUAUCGGCUGUGUCCAUGACAACCAGAAGUACGAGGCCGGACACUCCUUUCACCUUGUUGCCUGUGAGGCGUGCCACUGUCCGUCCGACGGAGGUCAGCUGAUGUGCUACCCUGUCCCAGGCUGUGAUCCCAGCAACCCCAGUGACUCCCACAAACCUAUGCUGGCCACCAUACAGGAGGGUCACCCUACAUAUCCCCCUAUCCAUCCCUACCUCACACAGGACAAACUGAGAGAGACGGAGAGAGAUGCUAAACCCCCCUUUAACACACAGCCUAUAGGAUUACCCCCCUACAACCGUCCUCCAUACCCUUUCAACGGGCCACAACUACCACCAUCCAACAGCCCACACCUCCCCCCGUUCCCGAUCGAUGCCCCUAUUCCCUCGGACCACCUGCCCCUGUUCAAACCAGACCACAUGACUGAGGAUGGGGACUAUGACUACCCUACUACAGACGCAUCAGAACCACCUGUGAAUGACCUGGCCUACCCUACACCGUCCUCCUCUGUCAUCUCUGUCUCCUACCCUGGGACAGGGCUACACAGCCGCGCCACGACAGGGGUAAUA